GAAGGGACUGCAUAUUUAAUGUGACAGGUUCUCUUUAAUUCUCUUAAUUUUUUCCGUACUUUCAGAGUUGCUGGUUCAUAGCAUUCAUAAAUUGACAUGUUUGGAAGAAGUAUCCAUUGUCUUACCAAACAAUACACAGAUAGUAGAUAAUUUACCAGAUGAUUUUGAAACACUUAAAAGGAUGAAGAAAAUUGUAUUUCAGAGUUCAGAAAGUGAUAUUAAUUCAGCAAAAUUCGAUAAAUUUAUCCAAAGCUUUGUAGAUCUGGAAAUUCUGCACCUAAAUUUCAAAAAACUUCAGGACUGCAAUGGCCUGGUAACCUCACUCACAACUUGUAAGAAGCUGAAAGAAUUGGAUCUACGUGGAACACGACUACAGGACAGUGACAUGGCUUUAAUAGCUUCUGCAAUGAAGAAAUUUACCAGACUGAAAAUUCUGAACUUGGCGAAACAAAAAAUAAUGGCAAAAGAUAUUUCUGAGACCUUUGCUAUAGCACUGGGCUCCCUUUUUUACUUGGAGAAGUUAUGGCUGCCAGUCGGAGUUGGCAUGGCUCAUUCUGCCAAACUAAUAAUUGAACAAUUUCAAAAUCUUCCAAAUCUCAGGUUCCUCGCCAUGUUGGAGAUAUUAGAUGAUGAUAGUAUUGCAUUAUUAGCGAAAGAAGCAAAAUAUGGAAAUUUGAAAAAUCUUCAACGUCUUGAUCUGCAAGUUAAUUCUAAUAUAACAGAAUCUGGUUGGACAACAUUCUUUGAACAGGCCAAAGACCUGCCAGAGCUAAAACAUCUGGAUAUCAGCCGGAUGUACACUCAGCAGAUCAAGUCUCAUGCAACCACCGUGACAUCCUUUGUCAAAUUUGUGUCCAGACUUCCCAGUCUGGUGAAUUUAUUAAUGUACGGGUGGCUGCUGGAUGAAGAUGAUCUGAACAUGUUCAAUGCUAUGAAAGAAAAUCAUCCUCAGUCCAAGAGUUUGACUAUUUACUGGCAAUGGGUUUUGCCCUUUUCACCAACCAUUGAGCAUUGAAGGCCUAGGGUAUGCUGCUGCAUAAAAUAACAUAUAUUUAGGGCUUAAGUCCUGCAGGAACGCAAGGGAAUGGAGUUCUAGCACUUUUUUUCACAGCAGAAACACUGUUCCGAUUAGCAGGAGUCCUGCAGGACCCAGACCCUGAGUGGAAAUCUAGGGGUAAUUUCCCAAAUUUUUUCCUAAGACUUGCCUCCUGCAUAUAGGGGAGAUUUAUCAAAA